AUGGCCGCUUCAAUUGUUGCGGAGCCCAGUGUUCAGCCUCAGGAUGAGGUUGACUUGACUGAUGAGCAGAUUCAACAGCUUCUGCUCGAGGCAGAGGGCCGACUGCGUGGCCCUGACACCCAAUCCACAGAGCUGGACAUUGCCUCCUUAAGGAUCCCCAAAUUGUCUUCUGGGUCCUCGCUCGAGCCUUACGUUCAACAGAAGGACGAUGUUUCAACCGCCAAAACAUCUGAGCUCAUUGACAAGAGGUAUAAGGAACUAUCCAACAAACUGCAUACCACUGGCCAGAAGCCCGCUGUCCAGGAAAAAACCACUGCCGGCCCCGAAUGGUUCGACCUUCCCAAGACUGUCAUGACGACUGAGUUCAAGAGAGAUCUGCAACUUCUUCGCAUGCGAUCGGUCCUUGAUUCGAAGCGUCACUACAAGAAGGAGAACGGAAAGGCCAAGGCCCCCAAGUUCUCGCAAGUCGGUACCAUUAUCCAGGGCCCGACAGAAUUCUUCAGUGGUCGCAUCGCGAAGAAGGACCGCAAGAAGACCUUUGUUGAGGAGACCAUGGCUAUUGAGCGCCAGAACAGAAAGUUCGAGUCCAAGUAUCGCGAUAUCCAGGGUACAAAGACAAGUGGCAAGAAAGCCUACUACAACAACCUCAAGGCACAGAGAAAGCGACCGAAGAAGUGA